AUGUUAUUUUUGACGACGGUGGGGUUCGAACCCACGCAUGUUUCCAUAUCAGACCCUGAAUCUGACCCCUUGGACCUCUCGGGCACGUCGCCAGUGUUACUACUAAUAAAACCCACCAUGGAUACUUAUACCGGCGCCAUAAAACCAGAAAUUAAAAUAGAUGAACUUACUUCAGAAAGGGUAAAAUUCAUUCUCACUAAUACAGAUUUAAGCAUGGCCAAUGCCCUCAGGCGAAUAAUGAUAUCGGAAGUUGCUACCAUUGCGAUUGACAUAGUCGAAUUUGAAUUAAACACUUCUGUGUUAGCCGAUGAAUUCAUUGCACAUCGUCUGGGCUUGAUACCAUUAGAUAGUACGGAGGCUGAAAAAAUUAAAUAUUCUAGAGAAUGUAGUUGUCAAGGAGCUUGUAAAGAAUGCAGUGUUGAAUUAAAUUUACAUGUAAGGUGUACAGAAGAAGAUACUACUAAAGACGUGACUAGUCGAGAUCUCGUUAGUAACGAUCCACGAUUUACGCCUAUUCAAGAUGGCCCAAAAGAUCCUGGCAUUCUAAUAGCUAAACUUCGUAAGGGACAAGAAAUUAAAGUGAAAUGUAUAGCUAAGAAGGGAGUCGCAAAAGAGCACGCCAAAUGGAGUCCUUGUGCUGCCGUUGCGUUUGAGUAUGAUCCAUUUAAUAAACUCAGACACGUUCAUUAUUGGAUUGAAGAAGAUGAAAAAAAAGAAUGGCCAGCAAGUAAAAAUGCGGAGAAAGAUUUCCCUCCAGGGGAAGAUGAAGGCAAAUAUAUUUUUAAUAAUAAAUUAACAUUAUUUGACUUUACGGCGAAGCCCAAUAGGUUUUACUUUGAAGUUGAGACUAUUGGUUCGAUGAAACCUGAGGAUAUUGUUAUGAAUGCCUUCAAGAAGUUAUUGGAAAAAAUUUCCUCAGUCCAAAUGGGGUUGACUACGAAUGAUAUCAGCAUAACCGGCCGAGAUCAACCAAGAGAAUUUUAG